AGCGCGAGAUCAGUUCUCUCUGCAGUUCUCCGUUGGUCGUGGCGGAAAUCAGUCGAUUGCGCUCUUGUCGCGCGUUUUUUUUUUCGUGAGGACACAGGCACACCGAACGUUCAACAUUAAAUGAAAUUCGUCGAAACGUAAUAACGCGAGCAAAUUUCAAAUAGUACUGAGUGACGGGAGUGUGUACGGACAUCGCUGUGUCUUGCGAACAACUCUUGACAAGAGAAACAACAAUGAGGCUGCCACUUCUCUUGACGUUUUUGUAUUGCUUCUGUCUUGAGAUCGGUUACACUAGGGAAAUCAGUCACGAAGACAUUAAAGAUGCGAUGCUGAGUUUGGUGCACAUGAUGCGCGAAAACACCGAGAAAUUGGAGAGACACGAAGCGAGGGAACGGCAGCUGGGCGAUCAGCUGAAGAAGACUAUAACUAUCCUGACGAAGCGCGUGUCCACCGUGGAUCUUCUGAAGGUGCAGCUGACCAAGAUGGACGAGAGAAUCGCGGGGAUAGAGCAUCUAAUCACGCAGAAAGACGAGAGAGAGCGCAUACAAAUGCAAAAGACCGCGGACAGUCUGGAGGAUCUGGAGAGCCGCCUGGAGAGCUGGUUCGCGGACGUCGAGAACAAGGUGGCGGAGAUGAACAGCCGUCCGGACACCACUUCCGCGCUGGACAACGGCCUCGCCAACGUUCUCGGCAAAUUGAACGACACCGAGACCAACUUGGUGGAAGAGCUUGCGCGACUUAAAGAGAAUCUGAAUAAUAACAUGGCAAGGAUAGACAAAGAAUCGACCAGGCUGAUGGAGAAAACAUAUACCAUCUUCUCAGAGAUGCAAGACGCGAUUGCCAGAAUUGGGGACAUCGAGAUUUCCUUGGAGAAAAUAAAGCAGAAUAUUCCGUCGGAGCGACAAGUGGAUACGAGUUCCUUUGACGAACAAGCUAAAACGUUGAUACGAGUGCAGGAGCUGCUGGAAAACACAUCUGAAAGAAUACAAGAAUUACCCAGGAUGAGCGAGGUGCAGACGCUACACAACGAGACGCAGACUGUGCUGCAAGAAGCUAAACACGAACUGAAGGACGCUAUCGCACGAAGCGCUGGCAAUACCGAGGAUAAAAUAACAGAAGGUAAAGACGAAACAAAGGACUCGAUUACGGCAUUACGGAUGGAUCUGGCAAACAACGCGGAACGCGUAAACCAAGAACUGCAAAACUUGGAAAAAGGUCAAUCGGUGAUGGUUUCCAUGGCCGAUCACGUGCUAGACACGAAGAAGAGAGUGGAAUACGGCGUGCAUCAGAUCCUGUUGGAAGUUGGCGACCUAGUGAAAUCUCAGGGUAUCAACAUCAACAGCACUCUUAGCCAGAGAUUCGAUGGGAUUUCGAACGACAUUAUGGACAAUCAGAACGGCGCUCUGGCGAAUCUUACCAGUAAGAUGGAACAGGAAAUGAACAAGGUCUGGCGACAAAUUAACGUGAUGUACCAGCAGAUGACGGAGAGCGCUCGUGCUCUGGACAAACUGCACCAACAGAACGAAGCCUACGUUAACGGCACGACGUCCACGAUGGGUGGCAUGGAAAGCAAGGUUGGCGAGAUAACAAAACGCAUGACAGAAGUGGACGAGAACUUGAAUUACCUUCUCGGCCGCCUGUCCCUGGUGACACAGGAAUUCAAUCAGAUCAAAACAGGUUUAGGAAACGCGUUGGAUAAUAUUAAAGCUUCUUUUAAAGUAGUUCAGGAGAAGACGUCGGAUUUAACUCACCCGGGUCCUCAUCCGCUCCCGAAGGACUGGAAGGAUCCGAACGAACCCGAGACCAGAAAACCAGAUGUUGUGCCUGUAAAAUAAGCCAUAUCUGAAUCUCUCAGAUCAAACGACUGGCUCAGACUAAUCUCAGUCAGCGAGGAAGGUAGCCCAUCUUCAUUCUCAGAAAAUGAAGUAACAUCCCAGCACUGCCACCAGCAUUAUCAUCAUCAUUAUAACAAUCGGGAGACGAUUGCAAUAUUAUAU